UAAAAGAUAUGGCAGCAGAGCUACAAAAUGUUCAAGCUUCCAUGCAGAAUGCUUUAUUUGAUGAGACUCUGGCUGCAAAGGAAAAGGAACUUCAACGUGAAUUAACUAAGCUUGAGAGAGCAAAUCUGUCCGUAAUUGCCCAGCGAGCUAAAGUAACUUGGCUAAAGGAGAUGGACUCUAAUUCUGCUUAUUUUCAUGCUAAAGUAAAGGAGAGGCAGCAUAGAAGUGUUAUUAACUCUAUCCUGAACAGUGAAGGAAUUAGAGUGACUCAGCCUGAACUUAUAGAACAAGAGUUUUUAAUGUUUUAUCAAAAUUUGUUUGGAAAGGCAAAAGAAGGUGUUCAAGCAGUUGAUAUGAAUGUUAUCCGCAGGGGCAGAGUGUUAACCACUAAAGAGUCAGAAGAGUUAUGUAGGCCAUUUACUGCUAAGGAAGUGGAAACUGCCCUAUUUUCAAUUCCUUCUAACAAAUCACCAGGGCCUGAUGGAUUCACUUCAGGGUUCUAUAGAGCAGCCUGGUCAAUAAUUAAAAAUGAUGUCACGGCUGCUGUGUUGGAUUUCUUUGAUAGUGGGAAAAUCCUCAAGCAAAUUAAUGCCACCAAUAUCACUAUUGUUCCCAAGGUGAGUUGCCCAAAUGUUGUCAGUGAUUAUAGGCCAAUAGCUUGCUGUAAUGUCAUCUACAAGGUGAUAUCGAAGCUCUUAACCCAGAGGAUUAAUGAAGUGCUGAGCAUGCUGGCUGAUGAGGAGUCCACUGUAUUGAUGAUGCAAAAGUUUGAGGAGUUUGCCCGAGUCUCUGGGUUGGAAGUGAAUAGAAUGAAGAGUCAGGUUUUCUUCAGUGGUGUUAGAGAAGGGCAGAAAGUUGCUUUAAUUCAGAAGCUGGGUUUUGCGGAGGGACAGCUUCCAGUUAGAUAUUUGGGGUUGCCAUUGAUUUCAAAAAAGCUGUCUCCUGGGGCAAGUCAACCUAUUAUAGAUAAAAUUCAUCAGAGAAUUGGCUUUUGGGCAACGAAAUUCCUUUCAUAUGCAGGUAGAGUUCAAUUAGUUAACUCUGUUUUAUUCCACAUUCAAGUUUUUUGGAGUGGUGCUUUAUUGAUUCCUAAGAAGGUGAUAAAGCUAAUUGAUGCUGCUUGUAGAAAUUUCAUUUGGUGUGGUAAAUGGAAUUAUAAUGCAAUGUCUCUUGUAGCAUGGGAUGAUGUAUGUGUGCCAAGAAAAGAAGGCGGACUAGGGGUGAAGCAAUUGCUGCAUUGGAAUAAGGCAGCAUUAGGAAAAUUGGUUUGGAAUAUAUGUCAACAUCAAGAGUCGCUAUGGGUUAAGUGGGCACAUGUGGUGCUGUUGAGGGGUGAAAAUUUUUGGAAGGUUAAAAUCCCAACGGAUUGUGCUUGGACAUGGAGGCAAGUUUUAAAACUUCGUCCUCUACUGAAAAAUAUCAUUUGGAUGCAAUUGGGAGAUGGAAGACAAGUUUCACUAUUCUAUGAUUGGUGGGCAGGUGAGCUAAGGUUCUGUGAGUUGAUCUCAAAGGAUGAGAUUGCUGUUUGGGGUCAUGACCUUACAGUUAGUGAGUGGUGGGAUGGUUUAAAUUGGACCAUUCCAGAUAGUUUUAUGAGAAGACAUCCCAUGCUUGUCCAGAUUAUUAGAUGUCAAAAACUAUCUCAACAAGUGGACAAGGUUAUAUGGAAACCUGCAAAGAAUGGUUUGUUUACUAUUUCAAGUUGCUAUGAGUUCCUAAGAGUGAAACACCCAAAGGUAGAAUGGCAUCAUAUUGUUUGGGCAGGGUGCAUUUUCCCGCGACAUAGAUUCAUCUUUUGGUUGGUAUUGCGGGGUAGACUAAAAACUAGAGAUUUACUAACUAGUAGAGGUAUGAGAAUUGAGAAAGGAGGGCAACAGGAUGCAUGGUGUUGGAGGCAUACCAAGGAGGGAAUUUACACAGCAAAGUUGGGAUACUUGUUGCUAAGAGACCAACAAGGAGGGGAUGAUACAAAAUUAUUCAGAAAAGUGUGGAACAAAUACAUUCCAAACAAGGGCGGCACUAGAAGAUACCAACCACUUGAUCUUAGAAUGCCCCUUUGUAGUAAAAUUGUGGUGGAAAUGUCAAGAAUGGUGGGGACUGAGCUGCGUGAAUUAUAAUGAGUGCAGGAAGGCUUUUGUUCAGCAUGUCUUCUAUUCAAAAAACAAAUGGGUUAGGCAGGGCUGGGAAACCAUUUGGUUUGGCCUCACAUGGACCAUAUGGUUAGCAAGAAAUGAACAAAUUUUUA